GUCAUCCAACAACAAGAAAACAUUGAAAUAGGUACUCUGACAAGAGAAACUAUAAUUACCUAUUUCAUUACAAUUUUAGUAAUAGGUUCCUAAUUUAAGUUGUGAAUCGAUAUUUACUUAAUCUGUUUUUAGACAAAAAUUGGAAAAUUUAUGUGUUGAUUAAUAUUGCAUUUUGGAGUGGUACUUAACACUAAUAAAAUGGAUAUACCUGUGCAAAUAGCAGUUAGAUUGAAACCUCCUAGUCUUGAAGACUCCACACAAUGUAUUUUUAGUAACCCAGUAACACAAAUUGUGAUAACAGAAAGUGGUCAAACAUUUCAUGUUAAUAGAGCAUUGCCAGUGGACUGUACACAAGUUUAUUUGUUUAGUUCGUUUAUGAUCCCACAGAUAAAUUGUUUCCUAGAUGGUUGUGACACAUCUGUUGUUGUAUUUGGACAAUCUAAAACUGGAAAAACCUAUACAUUGUUCGGUUCAGGUUUUGAGUGUAUACACAGUGAAUGUGAUCAAGGCAUUGUUCCAAGGUUUCUAACCGAAAUAUUCCACAAGCUAAAUCAAAUGCCAGAAAGAGAAUUUAUAUUGCAUAUAACAUGGAUGCAAGUUGUUAAUAAUAAUAUUUUUGAUGUUCUUGGAGCAGGCUUGGUUAGAUGUUGUAAUGUAGAAGAGGCUUUUCAAUACUUACAAAUGGGAUGGAGGCAAAGAUGUCAAGGCAACAAUCAUACUGUAUUUACUGUUAGCAUGGAACAGAAGUGGGUGGGAAGUAAUGGUAUCCUUAAUCACAGGAUGUCUACAGCAAGUUUCUGUGAUUUAGCAGCAUAUCCUGAGCCAGGAUUGUUUGUUCUUGAAAAUAUUAUUAAGGAAUUACUAGCAGGAAACCCCCCCAAGCACAUCAAUUAUGAUCAGUGCAUACUUACUGCAAUGCUUCGUGACUCUUUUGGUGGAAGGGCAUUCACUUGGGUUAUCGGCUGCAUAAGUACAGAACCAGAAGACUAUCAGGAUACAUUGAAGAUACUAAAUCUGUGCUUAUGUUGUCGUGGUAUAAAGAAUUUUGUUACAGUUAAUUUAUUUGCAGAUAAUAAUACACCUGUAUAUACUGAAAAAUCAGUAUUACAACCAGCAGAUAAUAACUUUAACAUUCAGUUUGCUACAGCACAAUGGAUAAAACUGGUUUCCAAUGCCGAAGGUCUUUUUAAUAAAAUUCUGCAAUCUAAAUCAUUGUCUGAUGCUGAUAUAAAUCAAGUUAGUGAAUGGCUGUUUUUAAAGGCUGAAUGUGAUGAAUGCUUAAGUGGUGAUGUUGGUACAGAUAACAAAGAAAUUGGGCCAAAGCAGGGUUUACCUAGAAUAGCUGAGGAUACUGAACCAAGUGAACUUAGUGAAUCAGAUGCUGAAUCUGAUUCUGAAGAAGAUAGUCAUUCUGAAACAGUAUUCCAAGAUAAACUGGAAAAAUAUAUGGAAUAUUUUAGAGAAAAGAAUGAUCAACUAUUUGCUGAUAGAUGUGAAGAAUAUUUAAAUCAUAUUGACUCUGAUGAUAUUACUAUAUCAGAAAUUAGUGGCUCACAAUCAUUACCCACAUUGACCUCACAAUCAAACUCGGGACGCAGGAGAACAAUACAACCUGGUGAGAGUCUAUCUGGAGCAGAAUUGGAGUUAUUAAGGAAGGUUGCAGCAAAAGCAAUAUCACCUGAAUCUCAGAAAAUAAUCAUAGAAUCUCAUAAAAAGGAUUUAGAUCCAGAACCAAAAUUAAUAGAAAGAGAACUUCUUAAGAUGAUAGAUUCUCCAAAGACUGACGAUAUUUGUAAGAAAUAUAGAGUAACUAAAGAAAAAUAUACUCAAAAGCAGAUUUUAGCCAGAAAAUUAUCUAAAGAGAUUAGUAGUAGCCAAUCUCAACUGAAAGAACUUAUAAAUCUUUGUAUAGCCAAGGAGAGAUUGAUACAUGAUUUAUCAAGAGGAGUGUGCCACAAUAGUGUGAAUAAACAAUAUUCAGAAAAAGUAGAAAAUAGUGUUAUAGAUUAUGAUAUGGUCAAAGAAAUAAGAAGACAUGAAACAAAUCUUAAGACUUAUAAAAAGCAAAUUGAACAAAUAAAAAGACAAAUUCGUAAAGAUGAAAAACGAAAAAAUACUUUAGAUGUAGAAAUUGUUAAAGAUAAACUAAAAUUGGAUGAACUUUCUGAAACAUCUACUGAUGUAAAAGACAGAAAAACUAAUUCAAUAAAACAUUUUACUCAUAGAAUUACACAGUUAGAUAGUAUUUUAAAAGAGAAAACAAAUGAUUUAGAAAGUUUAGAAUUAUCAAAAGAAAAAGAAUUAAUGCUAAGAAAGGAAAUAAAAAAUUUACGAAAAACUAGAGAGUGUCUACAUGACCAGCGGUGUAGUUUAGGACACAAAAGAAAAAUCUACAAGUCACUUUCAGAUUCUGAGGAACGAAAACUUCUGGAAUGUGAAGAAGCUAUAGAAGCAAUUGAUACAGCAAUAGAAUAUAAAAAUAAUUUAAUAUGUGGGAAAUCACCAUCUGCCUCCUUAUCAGAUUCUCAAGAUAACAGGGACUCAAGAAGUAGAGGGGAACAAAUGCUGAUGGCUAGGCUAGAUAAAUUAUCACAUGAUGAAAUGAAGACACUUCUGUAUAGAUAUUUUCAAAAGGUGGUGGACCUGCGCGGAGCAUGUGCUGCGUUGGAGGCAGGUGCGGCGGCGGCGGCGGAGGAGGCGGCCGCGUGGCGGACUCGUGCUGCCGCCGCCUGGCGACACGCUCAACGGGCGCGCCCACACGCACACACCCGACAUUUCCAGUCGAUUCACAAAUAUGUGGACAGUGGAAACACAGAAAGAGCCUUAUCAUUGGGCAUGACGACGGACUCCGAAACUUCAGACGACGCGAUGCGAUUAGUUGAUCGUAUGAAGCAACUAGCUAGAUGCCCUCCGCCUCCUGUAAUACCUAGUCAAAAUUUGAGACAGCUCAUGCCAGCAACGAAUAUGCCCGUAGCUAAAGUGACUAAAGAAAAGAACAAGCUCGUCAUCAUACAGCAACAACAACAAAAUAAAAGGCACUGAUAUUUACAGAAAUUUUUAUUAUUACCAUUUAAUUUUAUUUUGAUGUUCGUUUAUUAUAUACUAAUGCAAUAUAUUUUAGUAAAUUUGACUUCUAACUCACCUAAUGUGUAGAUAAUUUAAUUAUUUAGUAUGCACUAAUUCAUUGUAUAUUAUUUUUUGGAAUUAUAGUCAUGUCACUAAAAAAAUGCUUUUCGACGAAUAAUGACAAAAAAUACUAAAGCCAAUUAUUCUAGUAUUGUGUAUAUAAGAAAAAAUAUGUGUAGUUAUUAGUAAUAACUAUACUUGCAAUGUAUUCAAAUUAUAUAAAUUAUAUAUUACAUUGCGAGUUUCGCAGUAAAAGUUUUAGGUACAAAAUCGAUUACUACGCAUCAUACGUUGUCUAUAUGAUUUUGUUUGUUUGCCACAAACUGUAUAAGUAAUAAAUUGCAUUAAGUAAAUUUUGUUGAAUAUGUCUAUCAGAAUACUAAAAGGAUUUU